UUGCUCCGGUAGCUCCCGAGCUGAAGUGAUGAAAUUGUUAGUGAAAAAGGGCCUUAAUCCUAACCGGAAGUAGGUGCAGCAGUCAUGCCCACCACCUGUGUCUUUCAGCUGGAUCGCCUGAAUCCUGGCUACAACAGCGGCGAAUACAUCAGCGGUCGUAUUUUACUCCGAACGGACAAGGUGAAGCGCGUGAAUGCCGUCUAUGUGACCCUGGAGGGUGAGGCCAAGGUUCAGUGGUCGAUGAGCGGCAAAAGCGAGACGGCCAAUUAUUCGGGCCAUCAGCAAUAUUUACAUUCCCGCACCAAUGUGUUCGAUAACUCCCUCUUCCGUGCUGGCGUCCACGUCUAUGUGCUCACUCUAAGGAUACCCCCGGACUGUCCCAGCACCUGCAAGGGUCCGUACGGUUAUAUAGCGUAUCACCUCUCCCUGACCAUCGACAAGCCUUGGGGCUUCGACGAGGUCUUCAGGAAACCCAUUAAUGUAGUGCAGACGUUGGACCUCAACUACAACCCAGAGUUUGCGCUUCCCGUGAAGGAUGAAAACAUUAAAUAUCUCUGCCAUUGGCCCUGUAUUUCGGGUCCCAUCAGUUCCACUCUGUCUCUGCCCGCCUCUGGAUUUACUCCAUUGCAGGAGGUGCCUUUCCGCUUGGAGGUGGACAAUCAGUCGCCGCACUAUGACAUCAAUGCUGUGGAGGUGUCCAUCAAACAGCACUUUGUCUUCCUGUCGCGGAAUCCCGUCAAGCGGAAUUUCUAUACAAAGACACUGAUUAAGGAGGUUAUCGCAGACCGCACCUUGCGCCUAUCCAAGAGGCAGUACGAGUCCAGUAUCUGUGUGCCCAUGGAUACACCACGAUCCACACUCAAUCCCAACUAUAUUGUGUUUAUUCACUACACGCUGCAGGUGAAACUGAAGACGGGGUGCUUCCACUACGAUACGGAUCUCUCGGUGCCCAUUAUCGUGGGCACCACCUCGCUGCAGCAUCUCCGCAACUCUGUGCACACCCAUCAGCCAGCAAGGAGGACGACCACGCCGGAGAGGCAGCGACUAAUCGAAAGGGUGACUCCUCGGCCACCAACGGUGGAGGAGGAAACAGUUGCAGAGGCGGCGGCCACGACAACCGAUGAACCACACCAGGCCCUCGAUGAUGAUGAGCCGCCGAGCUAUGAUAGUUGCCUUCCGCCCUCCUUCAGUUUUGCCACAUUGGCAGGCAGUCAGCAGACUCUGGGAAGUAAUCAUGCCGUGGUCCUGCAACGAAUUCACUUACCAAAAUUUCCUGGCUUCAGCACACUUAUUGGAACAGCUCCGGCUCACGGAAUGGAGGACUCUGGCCUGGAUAUGCAUAUGUACAGGUCAUACGGUUCCCUGAACACGGAUCACACGGGCCGGAGUUUGGAUACCUUUGGAUCGCUCUGCGGUCCCCUCUCCGAGCACGUUGAAGAGCAUGAACAUGAGGCUGAGGAUGUGGCUGAGACGCUGGAUGUGACUGCCCAGGUGCAUCAGGUGGCAACUUCACAGGCUCGAGUGGCAGAGUCCGAGGAGGAUCUGUUAGAGGAACACCUGUUCUAGUGAAGGUUUAGUGUCUUAUAUACUACGUAUAUACAGUAACAAAGUAACUAAGUGUUCAAGACUAAGGCUUAAACGAGAUUUUUAGGCUGGAUUCACGAGUCCGUCGUCUAGUUUUAGUGAGCUUUCAUUGCGCAGAUCUGUACACUCGCCGCGUACCAUCCAAAAUUGAUCGAAUCGAACUUAUUGAGUGCCAAAAUCUAUAUAUAUAUAUAUAUUUAUCGCUU